UCGAAACAUAUGCUCACUCACUCAGAUGACAAGAACUUCAUGUGUGCUGAAUGUGGAUACGUCACUAAAUGGAAGCACUAUCUUAAUGUCCAUAUGAGGAAACACGCUGGAGACCUCAGGUAUUCUUGUGAUCAGUGUCCAUAUCGUUGUCACCGCAUGGACCAGCUAAACAGCCACAAGUUACGACAUCAGGCCAAAUCGCUCAUGUGUGAGAUCUGUGCGUACGCCUGCAAGCGUAAAUAUGAGCUCCGCAAUCAUAUGUUGGCCAAGCAUUCUGGGGCGGAGAAACAGCCAGCUGUGUACAAGUGCAAAUACUGCACAUACACCACCUGCUAUCGCCAAGCACUUCAAAACCAUGAGAACUGCAAACACACCAAGCUGAAGGAGUUUCGCUGUGCUCUCUGCCUUUACUCCUCCUUCAGCAGCAUCAGUCUCUUCCUUCACAAGAGGAAAGCUCAUGGGUAUGUGCCUGGGGACAAAGCAUGGCUGGAGAACUACGCUGCAAAGGAGAAGGAAAGGAACUCAACAGAGUUCUUAAAAGAUUUUUACAUCAAGCCCUCAGUCAGCCAUGAGCAGCCAGAACAGUCCUCUUGUGAAAGACUUCCACCAUCUGCGGCUCCCGACACUCAGAGAGAACAGUCUUUUCUGACUGGAUCAGCAGAUCACGAUGCCAGCAAAGAAGCUGCUGCUAGUUCACAACCCUCAGAGUCUGUAAAUAUUUUUGAUGUUGUUUCUCAAGAGGUUGUCAAGGAAGCUGCUUCUGAUAGCCCUCCACCUGUUAACAGCCCAGAGGAGUACUGUACACUGGUUUUAACUACGCUAUCAAGCACUGACUAUCAGACCCCUUCUUUUCAAAACGAGGAAGAAGACUGUGUAGGUACAGCCACUUUAAAUUGCAAUGGGCCCGACACAUCACAAGAGAAGGAAGAUUUUUCUACAAGUUCAUCAGAGGAGGAGGAUGUAGCAGUACCAGAUGGAGAGUGUGAACAAAGCGACUUUGACGACAGCUGUGAGCCGCUGAAGAAUACAAGUCAGCCUGAGUCUGGGAAUUGUCAGACGUCUGAGGUUGAAAAUACAGGUGAAAGAAUUCAUUCCACUUGUCAACUGGAGCAAAAUCAGACAUUAGAAUCUGAGAUACGUCUGAAAGCUAUGAAGAAGCAUGACAAGGACCAAGCAGAAGCCAUGGUCUUAGAGGGACGAGUGCAGAUGCUCGUGGUGCCAACUGAAGAUGUUUAUCGCUGUGACAAAUGCUCUUAUGCAACCUAUAAGGAGACUGCUUUGAAGCAUCACUGCCAAGCUUUGUGCCAUGGCAGGAUAAAGGGACACCAGUGUCAGGAUUGUGGCAUACAGUUCAAACAGAGACGUGGCCUUGAUAGCCACCGUAAGAGGAAGUGCCCAGCGCUGCCACGAAAAACUAGGACAUGUGUAGGCAUUCCAAAAGCAGGUCUGACUCCAGAAGAAAGAUCCAAGCAACUGAAUGGAGGAACAAAUUCAGAUCAGGCAGAGUUUCUAUCACAAAAUACGACUUCCGCAGAUUUAUCAAGUCCUGAAUUUCAUCGGCAAGAAGAAGUUUGUGCGUCUCAAUUAACAAACUGUAAAGAAGUUGUCAGUGAAAGCCCCACAUGCAACCAGCUUGUGAAAACAACAUUAGCUUCAAAAGACAAACUCAGAAAUGUUCCUCUGCAGAAAAAGUCCCUUUUUACUAAACAAGAUGGCAAAUUCAAAUGCAAACUGUGCAGUUUUUCGUCAGUCAAGCUUCCAACAGUUGAACGGCACCUCUCAACCUGCAAAACAAUCCUGAGGAGAAAAGUCAAGCAGUUUGUAUCAGAGGUGAAUGAUGGUGAUGGUAGCGGAGACAAAGUAAAAGAACACCUGGCUGACCGAGGCCCUGUUGAAGUUUCUAAAAAACAUCAAAUCUUCGGUUGUCCAAGCUGUGCAUUUAAGUGCAAUCAGAAGAGAGCAUUAGACAGCCAUGAAAAGAAAGGCUGCAUGAAGCCAGGUCAAGUCCAAUGUACCAAGUGUUCAUUUGUAGCCAAAACUGAAGUGUCAUUGACUCGUCACAUUCUCUAUGUUCACAGCAAGGAGAAGUUUAAUGUUGUGAAAAGUAAACGUUUGUAUUGCAAGCACUGCACUUUUAACUGUAAACAACAACGAUGCAUGGCUCAACACAUUGCACUUAAACACAAAGGUACACGACCUCACUGUUGCAGCUACUGUCCUUUUAGCACCACAAGGCGCUAUCGCUUGGAAGAGCACGAGUCUCUUCACACAGGAGUCGGUCGUCACAGCUGUGACAUGUGUGACAAGACCUUCGGGGCCGUGACCAAACUGCGUCAGCACAAGUUGCGCAUCCAUGACAAACAGCCUACGCAUUUCUGCUCAUUGUGCGACUUCAGUGGCUACACACUCGACGAUGUAAGACGACACAACCUCAGAUGCCACACAGGAGAGUUGCAGCACGUCUGCACUCAUUGUGAUGCUCAUUUUAGUUCUGAGAUUGCUUUAAGAAACCACUGUAAGCGUGUACACCAGCUUCAGGUCUGUUUCUCAUGCAAACAGUGUGACUACACAUGUAGCAGUGAUGUCGCUCUGAAGACCCACCAACAGAACAAGCACUCCCAAGGGAAGUGCACAACCUGCCAGGAGUCCUUUGAGGCAAAGGAAACCCUUGAGGUCCAUCAGACCACUCACCUGGCCCAUCAAUGCCAGCUGUGCCCUUUUGCUGCCAAAACAAGACAGCUGUUGGCUCAACACCUUCUCAGUGAACACGAGGAAGGAUCUCCAGAGGACAAGCCUCUCAAGUGCAGCACUUGUCAGUUUGCUUGUCGACAUCAGCUGGUGCUGGAGCAGCACCUCCGCUCACAUGGAAGCAAACGCUUAUACAAGUGCACAGACUGCCAGUAUUCAACCCGGAACAAGCAGAAGAUCACGUGGCACAUUCGCAUACACACUGGAGAGAAGCCGUACAGCUGUGAGCAGUGCAGUUACACCUGCACCGAUCCGUCUAGGUUGAAGCUCCAUAUGAGGGUUCACCAAGAAGAGAAAAAGUAUCUUUGUCCAGAGUGCGGCUACAAAUGCAAGUGGGCGACUCAGCUGAAGUACCACAUGACCAAGCACACAGGAGAGAAGCCAUACACCUGCGAUGAAUGCGACUACCGAACCAACAGAGCAGAUGCCCUCCGUGCACACCGGGACACGCAGCACUGUGAUAUGCGCCCUUAUGUCUGUGAGAAAUGCGGCAAAGCCUUCAAGACAAGCUUCAUACUGAAGACCCACCAGCGGCAGCACAGCGAUGACCGGCCGUACACCUGUGGGUUGUGCCAAAAGGCCUUCCGGUGGCCAGCAGGCCUCAGACAUCACUACCUGUCCCACACCAAGCAGCAGCCUUUCUGCUGCCGACACUGCUCCUACAGAGCCAAGCAGAGGUUCCAGGUGGUCAAGCACCUGCAGAGGCACCAUCCAGAGAUGUCAGUAGAGCAGGGUGUGGUGAGAGACUCUGAAGCCGGUGGCCUCACUCUCAAGGAGGCUCUGCAGGGCACUCUGGAUGAGAGAGCAGCAGAAAGAACACCAAAGGAGCUGCUGUCUGUAGCCAGUGAGGAGGCAGGCGAGGAGGUGGUGGCAGCGAGACGCAACACUGAAGAGACCCAAUAGAGAUGCAGUGCUGACAUAUCUGUCAUUGCUGAUACUAGAUUUGGUAUUUUUGUUCUGCAAAAGCCUAAUAAAACACAUCAGGGCAAAUGAAGUGAGAGAAUUUAAGCGUAAAUAUGAAAUGUUUGCGGUUAAAAAAAAGAAAAAGAAAACCAUGUGUUUCAUUUCUUUGAAUGAUUGCCUGUGAUAAAGAAUUAGAUGAUCCACAGCGAAUAAAUGAAUGAGCCAGAAA